CUUCAUAUAUCCGCAAAAAGCAUCAGACAAUACCGCGAGGCGCUCUGCCACGUUCACCUCUCUUCCCACACAGCACGCGCUGCCGCAGUGCACCGCCAUGGAGCUCGCCGCUGUGUUCACCGACCCAUUCGUGCUCUCCUGCACCAUCCUCUGCCUCCUCCUCCACCUUGCGCUCCGCUCCCUGCGCCCCACCUCCACCUCAGGCCGCCGGCUCCCACCAGGCCCGCCUGGCAUCCCGCUCCUCGGUGCACUGCCGCUCGUCGGCCCGGCCCCGCACACCGGCCUGGCGGCGCUGGCGCGAAAGUACGGUCCCGUGAUGUACCUGAAGAUGGGAACCUGCGGCGUGGUGGUGGCGUCGUCGCCGUCGGCCGCACGGACGUUCCUGAAGGCGGUGGACGCGCGGUUCGCGAACCGGCCGGCGGUGGCCAGCGCGGCGGACAUCACGUACGGGUGCCAGAACAUGGUGUUCGCCAACUACGGGCCCAAGUGGAAGCUGAUGCGCAAGCUGGCGAGCGUGCACCUGCUCGGGGCGCGCGCGGUCGCGGACUGGUCCCGCGUGCGCCGCGACGAGGCCGGGCGCGCCCUGCGCGGCAUCGCGGAGGCCGCCGAGGCCGGGCGCUCCGUCGUCGUGCCGGAGCUGCUGGUGUGCGCGCUCGCCAACAUCGUCGGGCAGAUCACCGUCAGCAAGCGGGUGUUCGACGCGCAGGGCGACGAGUCAAACAGCUACAAGGAGAUGAUCGUGUCCCUCCUCACCGGCACGGGGCUGUUCAACAUCAGCGACUUCGUGCCGGCGCUGUCGUGGAUGGACCUGCAGGGCGUGCAGGCCAAGCUGCGCCGUGUCCACACCCAGUUCGACGGGCUCAUCACCAAGCUUCUGGCGGAGCACGCCGCCACGGCCGAGGACCGCGCACGGGAGGGCCGCCUGGACUUCGUCGACAAGCUCCGCGGCAGCAAUGACGACGAGGACGGCGAGACCAUCACCGAGAUCAACAUCAAGGGACUCAUCUUCGACAUGUUCACGGCCGGCACAGACACGUCGUCGAUCAUCGUGGAGUGGGCGAUGGCGGAGAUGAUGAAGAACCCGUCCAUCAUGGCGCGCGCGCAGGAGGAGAUGGACCGCGUCGUCGGCCGGGACCGCCGCCUGGAGGAGUCCGACAUCGCCGGACUCCCCUACCUGCAGGCCGUCUGCAAGGAGGCCAUGCGCCUCCACCCCUCCACGCCGCUCAGCCUGCCGCACUUCUCCUUCGAGGAGUGCGAGAUCGACGGCUACCGCGUCCCCGCCAGCACGCGGCUCCUCGUCAACAUCUGGGCCAUCGGCCGCGACCCGGACGCGUGGGAGGAUCCCCUCGAGUUCCGGCCGGAGCGGUUCCUCUCCGGGCCGGCGGCCAAGGUGGACCCGAUGGGGAACUACUUCGAGCUGAUCCCGUUCGGCGCUGGGCGGAGGAUCUGCGCCGGCAAGCUCGCGGGCAUGGUGUUCGUGCAGUACUUCCUGGGCACGCUGGUGCACGCGUUCGAGUGGCGGCUGCCGGACGGCGAGGAGAAGGUGGACAUGGCCGAGACCUUCGGGCUGGCGCUGCCCAAGGCCGUGCCCCUCAGGGCCGUCGUCACGCCGCGUCUCGUGCCGGCCGCCUACGCUUGAGCGCUGCGCGAAUGGACAUUGAUGUCACCGUGUCUUGGCGUUUGGGGUCGAUCAUCAGCGUGGUGUUCAGUGUGUGUCCAUGCAUAAGAACCAAGGUUUAUGUUUCA